AUGGCACCUUCAAGCACCCAAGACCUAUUCGAUGUUGAGCAUCUCACCUCCAAAAGCAUCGAAAAACCCUUGACUACCCAUCGGCAUACCGCUCCGGACUUUGAGCUCUUCCGCCACCUCGUACCCCUCGUCUCAAGCGGCAAGACAACACACCUCAACGCAGCUUUCAUGCCUCCCUCAAAUCUCAUUGUCAACGAAGCUCUCUCCCGCUUCUGCUCGGAAGCUCUGCAUCAACCCUCUCCAAAAACUCGCUGGAAAGAAGAUGUCGAGGCAGUCAGGGAACUACUGGGCAGGUACAUCAACACAGACCCAUCGACCAUCGCCUUUGUCAGAGACACCACAGAAGGCCUUGGAAGCUUCAUCCGCGGCCUAAAAUUCCAACCAGGCGACAACGUCGUGAUUCUCGACUGCGAGCAUCCGAACCAAGCGUUCGCCUGGCUGACGCUGCGCUCGGCUGGGCUGGAGGUCAGACUCGUCCCUACAGACCCAGAGAACCCGGUAGCAGCGAACGCGGAGACCUUUGCGCCGUACGUUGAUGAAAGGACCAGGGCGAUCGGGCUGAGUUCCAUGAUGUUCCACACAGGACAACGGAACGAUGUCGCGGAUGUCUGCGCGGCGUUUAGGCAUCGGGGAAUUCACGUUCUCGCGGACCUUACCCAGCAAGUCGGGUUUGCUGCCGUCGAUGUGCAAGCAUUGGGUGUAUCGGGGGCGGCAUUCAGCCUGCACAAGGGUCUCAACUCUCCAACUGGCUUCGCUGCGCUGUACGUCGAUACGAAGGUCAUCCUAGAGAUGGAUCCAGUUCCACCCAUAGUAGGCUACGGCGGCGUGAGCAGUGUCGGUGACUCGGAGGACUUUGCGGUCCCGGAAGGCCCCGUCAUCUUCCACCCUACUGCGAGACGAUACGAACACGCUAACAUGAGCUUCAUCUCAGCCGUGGCUGCAAGAGCAUUCCUCCAGUUUUAUCUCGAAGUGAUGGGCCCCAGAAAUCUCGAGCAGCGUCUGUAUAGCCUUGGAGAUGCGAUGCGACAAUCUUGCGCUGAAUUGGGUGUUGGCGUCGUAGGGCCAAGCGAGAGGAAACACCACGCACCGCAUCUUCAUGUUCUUCGUUUGCAGGACUCGAGAUGGUCUGAACGCUUGGAGGCAGCGGGUAUUGUAGCGACGAAGUUUAGGACAGGUAUCAGGGUCUCUUUUGGCUUCUAUAGCAAUCUGGAAGAUGUCGAGAGAUUGAUGGCGGUGAUCCGGACGGGGCUUGAAAGCGGCAUUCCGUCGUGUUAG